AGUUACACAAUAACUCAUCAUUGCUUACUGGGCGGUGGCAGCAAAAGCAACAGCUUUCCCUGUCCGUUCCUUAGAUAGCUUCUUUCCAGCCACCUUUUGACUAUCUGUAUAUUCAACGGAGUAACUGUAAGUGCAGACACAGAAGCACCAGGAGCUAGGCAUGUCAUUCAAAGGAGUAGCCACUACUACGAUGACUACAAAGUCAAUAUCGACGUGGGCUUGCAAUAGCGCGAAGAUGUUACUUUGUAUCUAUUUAUCUAUUCCGUCGAUUGCUUGGCUGGUUAAUUGCUCUGUCCAGUGUGUAACGACGGUUACGCUGUUAGUUAGACAGCGACCGCGACCGCGACAUUGAAGUGUCGUCUAAUAUUUUCUCAUCGUCCGGUUCACGAGUAGCCGCAGCAGUAGAACUGCCAAAGCUCAUCACAGGAGUAGCGGUAGCAGCUUCCAUUCGCGUAGCAGGCGAAUAUGGUUCGUUUAGAGCAGUUACGUCGGCGUACUGCUGUUGCCGCUGUUGUUACUUUGAUGUAUUUGUUGGCUGGCUGACCUUGUCAAGGCGGAAGGGGCCUUCUGUUGUUAAUGCUCGUGUACACAGCAGGUAUGUUAUGGUACUCGCUACCCCGGCACAGUUAUGACUUCUGAUAUAACAGCUGCCAUGGUUAUCGACUUCAAGACUUCGCUGCCUAGUAUGACAUGGCAACGGCUUGUGGCGAUGUCACUCUAAGUUAAUUCGCUAAGUUCUGGUUCGUUCGGUUUGGCAUUUGUUUCAUCUUGCAGGAAAAGUACAACAAGGUCACGGAAACUGAAGCGUCGUAAGCGCCUUCAUCACCAUCUGUAACGACGGCUAUUCGCAAAAUAUAUACAUACAUAUAUGUAUAUAUAUACACAUACAUAUAUAUACAACAUCAGAAGCAGAUAUAGAAAUUGAAAAACUUGUAACAGAGCCUGGAAAAUAGCACAGCAUCUCAAUGAACUAAAUAAAGCCUCUGAGAUCGAUCGUUUCAUUGAAGACGUUCAUCAAGCCAUCCAACAUGACCUCAGCUUGCGCAAAAGCACAGAAAAUGGAAGCUCCUCUAACGGAGAGUGGUGCGAUGGAUCUUUCCAAGAUUCGCGAAGAAGACUUCGAACAGCUGGCAGUGUAUCUAGUUCCUGACCGGCCCGUUGAUGAGCAAGACGGUGACCACAAUAGCACGGGUAGACAGGAUCGAGAGCAAACAGCUAAAAAUCGUGCAGUUUCCUCUUUACCGCGCAAUCUUGUUCUUAAACCCUCACAAACUCUUCCUGGUGUACUUGGCGUAUGGAGUACAGAUUACAUUCCACGCGGCACCCGGUUUGGUCCAUUAAUAGGCGAGCGUUAUGAACGCGACGCCGUUCCGCCGGACGCGAACCGCAAGUAUUUCUGGCGAGUUUACUCUUCCGCUUCGGCAGAGGACGGUAGCCACUGCAGCGAUUACCAUUAUAUAGAUGGUUUUGACGUCACGAAGGCAAACUGGAUGCGUUACGUGAGCCCAGCUUACUCGAGUGCCAAGCAGAACCUGGUCGCGUGCCAGCUUCGCGGGAAAAUUUACUUUUACACGCUGCGGGCCGUUAUGCCUGGCCAAGAACUGCUCGUAUGGUACUGUCGAGAGUUCGCCCAGAGGCUCAAUUAUCCAGAGACAGGCGAACUCAUGCUGCAGCGAAUUAACGAGCAGAUACGUUUAAGCCAGCGAGAUGACGAGACCUCGGCCGAGAAGCCCGAUGACCCCAAUCCCAUCCAGAGUCCCGAUCCUUCCCCUGUCGCAAAGCAGAUUAAGCAGGAGCAGCUGGCAGAUCCUGAACAAACAGCUGACGCAAGUCCGAUGAGUCUGCAGGUUAUGCCGGCUACGCCUUUCGGGUCGCGUUCCGAUGAGGGUUACCAGACGAGCACUUCUUCGAGCAGUGAGAGGCAUUCGCCACCGUCGCAUUCCGAGUUUCUGGAUGAGAACUGUCCCACAACGCCGGAAGAACUCGGUAUUGCUUUGCGCCUUUCGGCCGAUUCCGACGAGGAUGCUAUGUCCGAUUGCUCCGAUUACGUACUCGACUUUAGCAACAAACGACCAUCAGCCCCUACCACCAUGACGUCAAGUAAAACGUGUACUCGUGACGAUAGUUGCACAAAAGAGGGUGACGAUUCGUCGAUUGAAAGGAAUGAGUUUCGUAAGGUCAAGAUCAAAAUGCCCAAGGCGUAUCAAAGCGCGCAGCGAUCGAGGGAGCGUGGUUCUACCGAAAGUAAGGCUACCUCCAGCUGCGCGUCUGUUGGUAGCGUGGGCUCUUCGCCACCGCGGCAUGCCGAUUUCGGUCAUGAGGCGGAUGUCGAUAUCGCAAGUGACGAGAACUUACAACAACCGUCAGCCAUUCCCCAUCUCGUCAGAGGUUUCUUUGGUCAACGUAGUUCAGCCUUCCAGUCGUACGAGUCGCAGCAAAACACAGCAGCACAACAAGCGACGCCUCCGCCGUCGUCAGCAGCGGGAGCAGCAGCUCUUAGUCCAACCUCAACAGUGCAGCAACCGCACCCUGGAAUUUUAGAGAACCUGCUUUUGCAACGAAUGAAUGCAGAAAAAGACAAGGCUACUCGUCAACAAGCCUCACAGAUAAGCUCAACGGGAAACGCAUCACCUUCUGCAUCUCCAUUACCGGCGCCCCCCCUGCCUGUGCGAGAACCGAUUCGAGUGAUCGUUUCAAACGAAAGUUCGCCUACUCCGCAUGCGUCACCGUCUCCUGCCGUAGCGUUGCGACGUGAGAUGCAUUCGCCAGACUCGACAGCGCCAGCUCUACAGCCACCCUCAGCCUCUUCGUCGGUCGUCGCGCCGCCCUCAAUCGGAUUGUACAGUCCCGCAGGAGCAUACGGAGCUGCUAGUUUCCCACCUGCACAUUUCCCGCCGGUGGGACCUAUUACGUCGCUACCUUCACCUUACCCUCCGCAUCAUACGUCGCCUUACGAAGUCCACUCUUCCAUGGGGCCUUCGGCACCAUUGACGCCUGUGGGCUCAUUACCUUCCGGAUAUCCCGCUCUGCCCCGUCCGUCAUCAGCAAGUCCUAGUCCUGAGCAGCAAAGCGAUGAUCGGAAGCCGGCCAUUUCACGACUGUCCCCUCCUCUGGCGCCAGGCGACUCGACCGAUGUGGAUAGCCUUCCAGGCGGCAACGCACGUGGGUUUCGGUCUUUGCCGUAUCCACUGAAGAAGAAGGAUGGUAAAAUGCACUACGAGUGUAAUAUUUGUUUUAAAACAUUUGGCCAGCUGUCCAACCUCAAGGUGCACCUUCGUACGCAUUCAGGCGAGCGACCUUUCGCGUGCUCCGUGUGUGCCAAGAGUUUUACCCAGCUGGCUCACCUGCAGAAACAUCAUCUCGUACAUACGGGGGAGAAGCCGCACCAAUGCGGUGUUUGUCAUAAACGUUUCAGCUCGACCUCAAAUCUUAAAACGCAUUUACGGCUCCAUUCUGGACAAAAACCCUACGCAUGCGAUCUUUGUCCAGCAAAGUUCACGCAGUUCGUUCAUCUCAAGUUGCAUAAGCGGCUCCACACGAAUGAGCGCCCAUAUACUUGCCACGCAUGCCAGAAGCGGUAUAUCAGUGCGUCCGGUUUGCGAACGCAUUGGAAGACAACAUCCUGCCAACCAAAUCAGGUGCUUGAUGCUGAAUUACAACGUGCUGGUCUUGACUAUACUCACAUGGAAAUCAGUGAUGAGUUUCACCGAAUUCAGAUGGAACAGCAGGCUGCCCAGGCCGCUCAGCAGGCCGCCGCCAUGGAACGGAGGUCCCCUGACAGUAGCUUUAUUGCUCCUCAACCCCUGUCCUUAGUCGGCUAUCCUGCAGCGGGUUCUGUCAGCCCACCGGGAUCAAUAUCACAGCAACAAUCAGUGAUUCGGGAAGCCAGCUCGCUAUCGACGGCAUGCCCCUCAUCGGAACGGGGCUUUCUGCCGCCUCCCCUGGCACCCCACACGCAUGGACCUCCACAUACGUCUUCGCGACUCGGUCUUAACGUCAGUGAGGUGCACUAGGGCAGCGCCAGAAUCCCCAAAAGCAUUACGAAUCUAGGAAAUGUCACGGGACAAACAAAUCUCGUUGGUCCAUCUCUGAUGAGUCCGGGAGAAAGCUGUUUGCCCCCGUCCCCCCUCGAUCCCUUACAUCUGGCCAGUCUUUGGCGGUGUUGGCUACCACCGCCAUCUCUGCCUUAAACAUGGCUUUGACAGGUGAUUCUUAUGACCUGCACUGCUUCAGAUCAACCACUCCAUUUUCGGAACAAUCAACUACCCUAGUCACUCAACCAAUCACGUCGAGGUUAGGGAAAAUCGUCGUAAAAAAAAUGCGUCACCUUUCCCGACGGUAGUCGGAAUUAUUCCCGACAUAUUUGUGUUGUUCGAAGUCUAAUGAGCCAGCCGUACUAUAGGACACUAGUCCGAUAAAGUUCUGGUCGAGGAGCACACAAGCUGAAAAGGCCGGAAGGGUCUCGACUUUCUACCCAUGUGAUAUAAAUAGCAGCUGAGGAGUAUAUAUAUAUAUAUAUAUAUAUAUAUAUAUAUAUAUAUAUAUAUAUAUAAUAGACAUACAUACAUGAUUAUAGCAAGCUGUGGUUUUGACCUUUAGUUACCAUUAUUAUUUGUUAGAUGCGGGACAUCAAUUCGAUUCUCACGGUGACUAUAUACUAACAUCUCCAAGGCAAGGACUAAUUUAUGAGUAAGAAACGCGAAAAGGAUCAUUUACGAGUAAAGUUUAUAUUGUGAACUAGAAUAGAAAUAUUCUUUUUGUUCAAGCAAGCGACGGAGUUCAUGUUUAGUUACGUAGAGUGACAUUCAACUACCGAGUUUAUCCCUUAGCGCAUCAGCUUUAUGCUGCCGUGCAGGGUGAAGAACGGAAAAGAUAUCAAUAAUAACAAUACCCUUUUAUUGAUAUUCUGCUGUUAUCCGUAUAUAAACGUAUAUAUAUAUAUAUAUAUAUAUAUAUAUAUAUAUAUAUACAUACACA